UUUGUUCCUAAAAACAUACUAAUUAAAAUCAUUUGAUGUUAAGCCUUAUAAAACAUUUAGCUACUUGCAACGAUAAGUGGCAAUAACUUUGAAAUUGGUUCAGAUUGCAGAAUAAGGCUAUGAAAAUAGCAAUGCUAUACUACAUUUUAUUUUUUUUAUUAGCACAUGCCACUGCUAAUCUCCGUUAUCGCAGAGUUGGAGAACCUAACUAUGAAAUUUCAUUCUAUGAAUAUGGGAGCCAUAUUAAGGGACAAGUAGUUUCUUAUACUUACAACGGUGUCAUUCCUGCUCUGACUCCAAUCCAUCAUUUAAUAGCAAAACCAAUUAGGCCAGAUGUGGAGCAGAGAUUUACCUACCUACGGGUGGAGUACGUAAGUCCUCUUUCUAAAGUGAGCAUCAGUUUGAAUCCGGCCAAUUUCACUCUAACCUUCCACGUGCGGUUCCCGUUUAUAGAUAUUCCACUUGGUAUAGUCGGAUAUUCCUUGCCUCUCAAAUAAGUUUAGUGUAACAAUGCAAAAAAGACACGUGGGCUAUUAAUGUAACCAAGCAAACAAAUAAAGUUUUGGGAAUUUUA